UGCGGCAACAGCCUCUCUUGCCAGGCACAGACGUGGCGACUUCUGACGUCAUAGGACGGCGCCGGUAGUCCCGGAGGCUGCACGUGGGCUCGGAGUUGGUCCCGGAACCAUGGAUACGCCGCUGAGACGCAGCCGCCGGCUGGAAGGACUAAAGCCUGAAUCUCCGGACAACCCCACCUCAAUUUUGCGGGUGAGACGGGCCCUUGUGGAGUUCGAGUCGAACCCAAAAGAAACGAGGGAGCCUAGGUCUCCACCGGGCCUGGGAUCUCCCAGUCGUCAGCCGGAGACAAGCCCAGGAUCACCCAGUCUGCGGAAGGGGCCAGCCUUAGGGUCCCCUCGAAAGCAGCCAGAGCUGGACUCAGGGUCCCCCCAGGGUCAGCGAGAUCCAGGCCUGAAUUUUCCCCAAAGUCAGCCGGAAUCGAGUCCUGAAUCCCACCUACUUCAGCCAAAGCCAGGUGAGGAAUCACCAAAGUUAUCCCAGGACCAAGGAGAAGCGGACUCGGAGUUGCCCAAGAAUAAGGAAGAGCCGACCCCGGGGUCCCCUCGACGUCAGUUGCAGCAGGACUCAGGAUCACUAGAGCCUUUCCCCGGUCAGAAAGCACCGGGUCCUGAGCCCUCGAAGCCACUGCAGGAGCUGACACCGCGGUCGCCCGGCUCCCCACGGGAUCAGCAUGAGCCGAGCAAGCCACCUGCAGCUGGGGAGCCGGCGAGAGAAGGCCCCGCGCCAAAGAAGCGAGAAGCUUCUUCGGCCCAGGCCCCAGCGUCCAAGAAGCCAAAGGAGGAGGUUCCUGUAAUCCCGAAAGGGAAGCCCAAGUCUGGGCGGGUGUGGAAGGACCGCUCAAAGAAGAGGUUCUCCCAGAUGGUUCAGGACAAGCCCCUGCGCACAUCCUGGCAGCGGAAGAUGAAGGACCGGCAGGAGAGGAAGCUGGCUAAGGACUUCGCUCGGCACCUGGAAGAGGAGAAGGAGCGGCGCCGGCAGGAGAAGAAGGAACGCCGUGCGGAGAACCUGAGGCGCCGCCUGGAGAACGAGCGGAAGGCGGAAAUUGUCCAAGUGAUCCGAAACCCCGCCAAGCUCAAGCGGGCGAAGAAGAAGCAGCUGCGAUCCAUUGAGAAGCGGGACACACUGGCCCAGCUGCAGAAGCAGCCGCCACAGCGGCCGGCCACCAAGGUCUGAGCUCAGGAUGGCCGAGGCCUUCGGUGGCCAACCACCGUGUCACACACGGCAGCCCCCGGGCCACUGGCCACCCGCCUCUGCUGAUCCGGCACUCCGGCUCUGUGGCCCCCAAACGGGCUGCACCCGAGCUGGGGCUCUGAGCCUUCGAGGGCCAUCGGGCAGGUCUCUGUGGAGCAGACGGAGCCUGGAACUUCCAUCCUGGAACAGAGACUGGAAGACAGAAAAGGGUCAGCCCUCUCCUCCCCCCUACUCCCGACCACUGCCCUCUUCUCUCCAAGUGCCUUCAAACUGAGAAGAGUAAUUUCUGCUUCCUCAGGGAGCUGAAGACUGGAGGGUGACUCCCCAGAAUGUGUGGGCUCUGUCUCAGGGUCCUGGGUCCAACCCAGGCCAGGAGAUCAGAAGUCAGGAAUCCAGCUCCCCCUUGAACCUUUCCAAAGGCUGUUUUGGAUCCCUCUGCAGCCCACUGACCCUGUCACCCAUCAGACUAAAUCUAACUCCAGCACACUUUGCAACACUUAAGGUUAAAACAAUGGGGUGGGAGAGGCAUUUUUUGGGGAGGGAGGGAUAGUGUCUAUCUCCCCCUCUCCUGUCCCAGACUCUGCAGAAGCCCCCAGAAAUCUGAUUAAUUCAUGCCAUCCAGUCUCCAGCAAAAAUCUUUAUUGAACGCCUGCUGUGUACCGGCACAAUUCUAGGUGGCAGGGAAUACAGACAAAAGUCCCUGCCUUCAAGGAGCUUUCAUUCUGAUGGAUAAAACAUAAUA